GAAAUACAAAAAUAAGUGCAUGUAUAAAUACAUAAAUCAAAUAUUAGCACUAGUAGUAUCAAAAAAUUUUUAUGCUGAGUUAGUCACAAGAUGAGGUGCAGCUUAAUUAUUUUGCUGGUGAUGUGCCUUUACUUGGCCACAGAAGUUGAGGCAAGGUGCUGCAGCUCUUGUGGCAGCUGCAGGACAGCUGCGUGCAGACAAAACUGCAUACGAACUUGCUCCCCCUGUAAAACCACUGCGUGCACUGCGUCAUGCAGGCAACCCUGCGCCACCUGUACAACUAAUCAGUGUAUGGCAACUUGCAGGGAGACUUGCGACAACUGUGCAACCACUCUAUGUAGGCAAACCUGCGCAAGAUCUUGUGAGACUUGCACGCAAUGCAGCUCAUGUAAAACCAGUGAGUGCAGACAGAAGUGCAAUUGUAAAAAAGACUGUGAUAAGAAAAAGAUAAUAGAAGUACCAAAUUUUGGUGGGAAGAAGGGUGGAGCAAGUACUAACUCACAGAACCAGACUACUAAUUUUAACGCCGACUUGAAGAUAACUAAUACUAUGGACAAUGAGAACAUUAUCCACAGUCCUGUGAGUGUUAAUGCUUCCAUGGUGAACAACAUUAAAAUUACAGGAGGUUCGAACGGUUCAUCAGGGGGUGGAGUCUCUGUUAUUCCAUUUACUUUCCCAUUUAGUUUUCCAACCCCUACUCCAAUGAGUCUACCAUCUCCAACCCCAGAAAAACCUUGUCCUACAACUACACCCAGUCCACCUUGCCCUGAGUGCACCACACCUAAGCCACCCUGCCCCGGACCUGAGUGCACCACACCUAAGCCACCCUGUCCUGGACCUGAGUGCACCACACCUAAGCCACCAUGCUCUGGACCUGUGUGUCCUACACCUUGCACUGGAACUGUGUGUCCUUCACCCCCACCAACUUGUACAGGAACUGCAUGCCAAUCAAACCAAACAUGUUCUGGAUGGGGAUGCAUAAAUCCUUGGUUUAAAUACAACCAAGGUUGUGCUGGAGGAGGAUGCUAUAAUGUAAAUCAGUGCCAAAAUGGAGGUUGCUACCCCUGGCAAAUGCAAUACUCGGGAUUUUACGGGAGAAAAUAAAAAGAAUUAACUAAAUUACACAUAAAUAUUGUGUUGUUCUUAUUAAUUAUCACACAUAACUGAUUAUAAAUUAAUAUAUUUUAAACAGAGGUGAAAUAAAACAAGAUAUUUACUA